UGUUUUUAUUUAUUUCCAGGUAUAAUUUACUUCUAGUGAUUUUUUGAGGACUUCUGGUAUGUGUUAACUGAGUUUGUGAGAUGGUGUACAUAGCUGAUGCUUCCAGCAGUACCUCAGUGCCUUGCACCUUGGAACAAUUGUUACAGCUUCUGAGAUUCUCAAACUUGAACUGGAAUACCAUGGUCCCAAGCUCAUGAGACUCUUUUGCAUUUUGAUGUCCUCAGCACAUGGCACUUUCUUGGGUCAUAUCCGUUUGGAAGCUCACAAACCCCAGCAGAUCCCCAUUGACUCCACGGUUUCCUUUGGAGCCUCCACCCGUGCGUACACUCUGCGAGAGAAGCCACAGACACUGCCCUCAGCAGUGAAAGGGGAUGAGAAGAUGGGUGGUGAGGAUGAGGAGCUGAAGGGUCUGCUGGGGCUGCCAGAGGAGGAGACAGAACUGGACAAUCUGACAGAGUUUAAUACAGCCCACAACAAAAGGAUCUCCACACUGACCAUUGAGGAAGGGAACUUGGACAUCCAGAGGCCAAAGCGAAAACGGAAGAACUCCAGAGUGACAUUCAGUGAUGAUGAUGAGAUCAUCAAUCCAGAGGACGUGGACCCGUCUGUGGGGCGGUUCCGGAACAUGGUACAGACAGCAGUGGUCCCAGUUAAGAAGAAGCGCCUGGAGAACGCGGGCUCGCUGCCCACGGACGAGUCGGCGUCGCGGCGCAUGCAGAGCUUCCCCUACAGCGGAGGAUUGUACGGGGGGCUGCCCCCCACCCACAGCGAGGCAGGGUCACAGUCCCACAGCGUCCAUGGCACCGCUCUCAUCGGGGGGCUGCCCAUGCCCUACCCCAACCUCGCCCCCGAUGUGGACUUGACUCCAGUUGUGCCCUCUACAGUGAACAUGAACCCGGCUCCAAACCCCGUUGUCUUCAACCCUGAAGCUGUGAAUGAACCCAAGAAGAAGAAAUAUGCCAAGGAGGCCUGGCCUGGCAAGAAGCCAACUCCGUCCCUGCUGAUCUGAGCUGGGCUGGGGGAGGGUAGGAGUCACCAAGUCCAGAAACUUUUCAUGUGCGGUAUCGUCUUUUUAAAAAUUGCAGUGUCCUAACAGAUGUAAUAUCAAGAUUGGAGGAGUGAAAUAUCCUUUAAAGAUCUGUCUUCAAAUGUUUUUAUAUGUCUGUUAAAAAAAAAAUACCGUUCCCACCUCCUUUUGAACCAGAACCCCUACAGCCUUUUCUUGGCCACCACUGUCCCAAAGGUCUUUAUGCUGAGUUUGGAUCCACAGGUUGAAGGGACAGUCUCACAGUUUAAUUGUCACUAAUGGGAUGACCCUGCAGGUCCGUGUAUUUCAGUGCUGAGCUUGCUGUGGUGACACUGUUCCUGCUGGACAUGCUUACAGCAGGGCAGCUCUGUCAAAAGGAAAUGUUUGUGGGGCCAAGCCUUGCAGAAUCUCAUUGGAAGGAGUUGUAAAACUUGCAGAAUAUAGGUCAGCUUUUAUUUUUUAUGUUUUCAAAACCCCAACAAUGUGGGGCAUUCUCUUUUUUUUAAUUAUUAUUAUUUUUUAGUUUGGGUACAGCUUGUUUUAAUUUUCACAUAAAACACUAGAUCAUCCCAUGAGUCAUGAGCUGAGAUGGAUAAGUAGCAGGUGGGUUCCUUAGCUUUGUUCUAGUGCUGCAGAAUGCAGUCUGUGGGAUGGAUACAGGGUGCAAAGGGUCAGAGCAUCCAGCAGGAUCAGGCAUUGUUUGCACUGUGACUCCCCAUGGUGACUCCCCUGGAUAACUCAGGGUGAACUUAACACAGUGCAGUUUCUUUUAGACUUGGUGGUCCCUGUAACUUAAAUAGUUUCAUUUUUAUUUGCAAAUGGAACUUUUAAGUUUAGCAUAUAUGAGAUUUAAUGAGACAAAAAGCUGGGAAGACUGCCGUGUUCCCCACACACAAAUAUUUUGGUUGCUUGGAACUGUAGGUGAGUGCUACUGAGAGCCAGAAUAGGAAUUCUCAGUGGACUUGGGUUGUUGCUCAAGCCCUUUAGUUCCUUGGGUUUAGAUUUGAAAAUGAUUGACAUACUCAGACAUAUUGUGGCUGUACUUUACACAAGGUAAGGCCAGAGCUCUGUUCUUCAGCUCACUCUGGAUUUUUGUACACACUCUAAUGCAGGUCAGCUACAAGUCACAUUCCUUUGCUGUUUGGGGGAUCCAGGAAACGUGCAUCAGAAUGACAGCAUGUACCUGGCUGUUCACUGUGUGCAGGAUUGCAGCUGCUUGGGGAAGUAGUGCCGAGUUCCUGGGCUGGGGCUGUGUUCAGUGAGCUGGGAUGCUGGAUGCAUCACACCCAUUUCAGACAGAUAUCCCAAAAUCUGUGUGAGUUCUGCUCUGCAGUGAUUGUUUCUAUUGUGUCCCUGAGGUGCCAGCAGGCAGCUGCCCAGCUCACAAGAGCCAUGGCCUUAGAGACUGCUCUGCUCCCUCCCCACAGCAUCACAUCCAGCUCAGACUAUUCCUUGUGUGGAUUCAGCUCCAUGAUCCAGCUGUGCUGCUCUGUGUUUAAGUUGCCAUUGAUGAUUCUGCCAUUGAGCAUUUGUUCUGUUUCCCGGUGCUCCCACACUGACUCAAAAUCUUCCUGUCUUUAGUCUGGCCUGUAGGACUUCCAGUUCCCAGCCAAUUGCUUUCUGAAGGCAACUCUUCAGGGUAAGACUAGUCAGGACAAACAAAAGUUGAGCAGGUUUCCUUCUUUUUUUGUUUUGGGGAGUUUUUUGGUUUUAUUUUGGGGGGAAGAGGGUUGGGUUUGGGGUUUUUUGGGAUUUUAUUUGCAAGUGGCUCUUUGCAAGGUUUUUCUUGAACACAGGAAACUUCACUGCUCAUUGUUUUUUAAAGCUCUUCUCCUCCCAGACUCUGAACCAGCUCUUAUUAUUUCAGAGCUUAGGGGCCACAGCUGGCCACAAGGGGACAGGAACAUCGAGGGGCUUUGUACAGACAUUUGUACACUUGUGUAAUAUGUAAUAGGCCUUUUCACACUUCUGUUGAGCUUUUUACCUGUAACCUUUACUAUGUUGUAAAUUAAAUGCAGAUUUUGCCAGGUUGGGAGAGUGUAGUGUGUUCAUUCCA